ACUCCUGUGUCCUACCUCAAUUUUUUCUCGAAAGUCCUCAAAGUUGUUUUUUUUGUGCCGAUUUUGUGAUUUUGUAGUGCUGUCUGUUGUGAAUGUAAACGUACCAAUUUUACAGAAACAAAUACUGUAUCCACAAGUUCGUGUAUCUAUCUCUACGUAUUUCGUCGUUUCUAGUGACUUAAAUAAUGGAUGAUGAAGAAGAAAAGUUGAUCCCUAGAAACUAUCAGAUGGAACUGAUGAAAAUCGCCAUCAGCCAGAAUACAAUCAUUUACUUGCCUACAGGAUCUGGUAAAACGUUUAUAGCAAUAAUGGUGUUGAAACAUUUAAGUGAUAGUUUAUCGAAACCCUACAACGAAGGUGGAAAGAUUUCUUGCAUUCUAGUAAAUUCUGUAACUCUGGUUGAUCAACAUGCCAAAUAUGUUCGUGAUCAUACGAUUUUCACAGUAGGGGCUUAUUCAGGGGAAAUGAAUUUAGACUUUUGGAAGAAAGAGGAGUGGUCGGAGCAGUUUAAUAAACACCAAGUUGUUAUUAUGACUUCCCAGAUUUUGGUUAAUCUUAUUAAUAAUAGCUUUAUUGAUUUAAGAAAAAUUAAUCUCCUCAUUUUCGAUGAGUGCCAUCAAGGCGUUGAAGAUCAGCCGAUGCGACAAGUAAUGAAGAAUUUUCAGAAUUACGGAGAACAACCUAGAAUACUCGGUUUAACAGCGACAUUGUUAAACGGCAAUUGUAAACUAAGUAAAGUAAUGGAAGAAGUUAAAAGUCUUGAGACAACUUAUCACAGUAAAGUAGCAACAGUUGAUGGUUUAGAUGAAGUUGUAGGGUAUUCAACCAACCCACAAGAACUUUUUAAAAUUUGCAAAGCCAGUGAUCCAUCUGGCGUCGAUAAUCUUGUAAUCGCCCGUCUAGAAAGACUGAUAAAGACUUUACAAGCUGUGAAAGUGGAAGACUGUAGCAAUAAUGUUAAUUUGUUAUCAGACAAUUUAAAACCUUUAGAACCGAUCGAUGUAUUAAAGAGGUUACGAAAUUUAAUUUCGGAUUUAGUUAUCCAUAUAAAGAUGUUGGGAACGUUUGGUGGUUACAAAGCUUGCUUAUCCUACAUGAUACAAGUAGAGCGGAUAAAAAAGCAUUGUCAAGAUACAGUGAUUUUCAUAGUUCUAAAUAAUGUGAUGACAGUAAUAGGUUGGGCGAAAACGGUGUUCAAAAACGCCAUGAAAAACUCUAGUAAGAUCGACAUGUUGAGAAUAUUUUCAUCAGACAAAGUUAUUAAGUUAUUUGAAAUAUUGCAUGAGUACAAGAGCAAAUCAGAAGAAGAACUUUGCUGUUUAAUUUUUGUGAAAAGAAGAUUCACGGCUAAAAUCAUCCACCAUAUUUUGCAACACCUGAGAGAGGCAGAUCAAAGUUUUAAUCAUUUAGUGUCGAACUUCGUUGUGGGAAACAAUAACAACCCGUAUAAUGAUUCACGCGAAAGUUUGUUCAUUUCAAAGAAGAACAGAGAAGUUCUUAACAGUUUCGUUAACAAGGAAAUUAAUGUACUAGUCAGUUCAAACGUUUUGGAAGAAGGUGUUGACAUCCCGAAGUGCACGUUAGUUAUAAAGUUCGAUAAAUCCGAAGAUUACCGAUCCUAUAUUCAGUCGAAAGGGAGGGCCAGACAUAAAAAAAGUUUGUACUACACCAUCCUGGAACAGGAUAUCGUUAUAAAGUUUCGUGAGAAGUACAACGAAUUCGUUCAGAUCGAAAAGAUUCUCAAUGAGCUUUUAAUCGGUAAAAAUGCAGAGCGGGAGAGUCCUAACACGCAAGCCAUAAACAACAUGUACAACGAAGACGAAUUUCCACCUUAUUACGUAAACGGUCCCAAUUCCGCUCAAGUUAACAUGACAUCUGCCAUCUCACUUCUUUGCCGUUAUUGCACUUCCUUGAGCAAUGACCAGUACACCAUUUACGCUCCAGAAUGGUAUCUAGAGAAAAACGAACUUGGUAUACGUGUUGUAAUACUCCUUCCAAUUGUGUGCCCCAUUAUAGAAUCCAUCAAGGGUCCGUUCAUGCGCAACAAGAAAAAUGCCAAAAGGGGGGCAGCACUGGCGGCUUGUAUAAAGUUGCAUAAGAUUGGCGAGUUGGAUGAUGAUCUCUUACCCGUCAGAAGAGAAUUCAACGAAGAAGACGUGUCGUAUUUGUUUGAGCACUGGCCCAAAGAGAAAGAAGGCGAUGCCGGUAAUAAGAAGAAAAAACGGCUCCACGAUAAAGAGAUCUCGGAAAGUAUUAAGGGCAAACUACAACCCGAUCGACCACUCUAUCUUCACGUGAUCAAACUGAAUCCAACGUAUUCAAGGAGCGAAGACUUUAACCAAGCCACUAUUUACGAUCUCUACAAAACUUCGCUCUGUUUUGGAAUCCUGUCACCGAAACCACUGCCAGAACUAUGCAAAUUUCCCGUGUUUGAUUCGACAGGAACAAUCGAGGUUGAUAUUAAAGCCAACGUAAAACAAAUUGUUCUCACGAAUAAUGAAUUAAUGCAACUGCGAGAAUUCCACUAUUUAAUUUUCAACGAUCUCCUAGAGAUUCUGAAAAACUUCUUGAUUUUUGACAACAACGGAACAAACUCGGAAACGCUAUUAGUUGUUCCCGUACAAGACGCCAUAGACGUAUUUAUUGAUUUCGACGUGGUGAGAGAACAUAAGACACUCAAAAAUAAACUCGAACAUGCUUCAUCAGAACGCAUGAAUCUUCAAGUUAACGAAGAAACGUACUUGCGUAAAAUUGUUUCUCCGUGGUACCGGACCCAACCAACGAUGUACGUAGUGACUAGAGUUUGUAUUGAGAAAAGCCCGAAAAGCCCGUUUCCUAAUCAAGAAUAUAGCAAUUUUGCUUCCUACUACGAUGACAAGCACAGUUUGCGAAUACUGAACGAAGAUCAGCCGCUUCUUUUGGUCAAAGGUCUUUCUAAAAAACUCAAUGUUUUUAAGCCCAGGGGACGAGAAGGAAAAAGAAAGAAAGAAAAACGGUACGAAGAACUAGAAGAAUACUUGAUUCCUGAAUUCGUGAUAAAGCAGGAGUUUCCGUCCUGUUUGUGGAUCCAAGCUCGAUUUUUACCGUCUAUUUUAUCCCGAUUGGUUUAUCUUCUGAGAAUACGGCAACUGCAAUUAACCAUCGGGAGAGACAUUGGCGUUAAACAAAAAUAUUUGGAGAAUUGUCCGCCGAUGCAAGUGGAUAUGCACCUUUUGAAUUAUUUUCCAGAUGACGCACAACUGGCUGCAGAAAACGAAACUACUGCGUCGUCGAUUGAAAGUAGUUAUCUUCCUAUAGAGCUCUCUUCUUCGUUAACUCAGCAGUACAAUAAAGAUUUCGCUAGUAAAAUGCUGGAGUCCGAUUAUUCGUGGAAAAAUCUAGAGGAGCCGAAAGACAUAGAACGUGACAUAAAUGUAACCGUCAUGGAUAUAGAGUACUACGAAACAUUUAUUUCUCAGAGAGCGUCCAAACAAACUAGACUUCUGAAAAAUGACAGUCCUCUCAAAAACGUCCCUGCGAUUACUUAUAAUAAGGAAUUCGAAGAAAAGCACUUGAGCGUUCUGGAAAUCCAGUUUGACAAUCAGAGUCCAAAUUUGUGUAGUCUGUAUCAGGCUUUAACCGCAGCCGAAGCGAACGAUAUAGUUAAUUUGGAACGUCUAGAAACACUAGGGGACUCAUUUUUAAAAGUGAUAGCUUCCUUGUAUAUUUUAUUCAAGUUCCCGCAUUACAACGAAGGGAAAGCGACAACACUCAAAGGCAAGAUUGUAAGCAACCGAAAUUUAUUCUAUCUAGCGGUGAAGAAAAACCUGGGAGGUAUUUUAAAAAAUAACGAUUUCUCCCCCAACGACGAGUGGGUACCCCCAUGUUUUUGUAUUCCUCAAGCCCUGAACAACGACAUCAAGAACAAAAGGUGUUCGAUUAACUCGCUGUUCAAGUGUGACGUACUAUCGGAAGAACAGACUUCAGGUGUUUUAAGUUUGAGCACCAUUUCGAGGGAAGAGGUGACGAACGAUGAAGAGAAUUCCUACCCGAGCAUGUGCAGCUUUUUGAACAAACAAUACGUGAGUGAUAAAACCCUAGCGGACUCAGUUGAAGCACUCCUGGGAGCGUAUUUCUUAAACGGCGGCAUUACAGGCGGCGUGAAAUUCUUAGAGUGGAUUGAAAUAUUGCCUUCGUCUGAAAACGUGCUCAAUUUGAUCCACACAACCGACAUUAACCCAGUUGUCAACGCCAAAGCGACUUCGGAAAAUAUUCUUUUCCACAUACCACAAUGGCGCGAAAUAGAAAAACGUUUAGGUUACAGGUUCAAAAAUCAUGCCUUCCUGUUGCAAGCUCUCACCCAUUCUUCGUAUUCGCCGAAUCGAAUAACGCAAAGCUACGAACGUUUGGAGUUUGUGGGGGAUGCAAUACUUGAUUUCUUAAUAACGUGUUAUAUUUACGAACACUGUGGUUAUUUACACCCAGGAGAAGUGACUGAUCUACGUUCCGCCCUAGUCAACAACAACACCUUUGCGAGCUUGGUUGUGAGAUGCGGAUUUCAUAAGUUCCUGCUUAUGAUUAAUUCUAAGUUACAAACGCACAUUGAUAAGUUCGCUGAUUAUCUCGCGAAUAGGAAUUACGUUAUUGAUGAUGAAGUCCUGAUUUUGUUGGAAGAGGAGGAUUUAAAAAUCGCCGAACAUGUAGACGUGCCUAAAGUUUUGGGUGAUAUUUUUGAAGCUUUGGCAGGUGCCGUUUAUUUAGACAGCAACAGAGACUUGAAAACAGUGUGGAAAGUAUUUUAUCGCAUUAUGUGGAAAGAAAUCGAUCUCUUCAGUAAAAAUGUACCAAAGAAUAUUAUCAGGAGACUGUACGAGUGCCAUACAGCGUAUCCUCGAUUUAGUAAUGCUUUUGAAACCGAUAACAAAAAGACGAUGGUUUCGUUGCAAUUUAUGUGCGAAGGUAGAAAAAAUUGUGUCCACGGAUGUGGCACGAAUAAGGCACUUGCGAAAAGGGCGGCUGCAAAAAUUGCACUACGUGUGUUAAAAAUGUAGUUAUUUAAUGAUGAUUUCAUUAAACAACGAAACUAACAAUACCAAAAUGUUUUCAAAAAUCGCUUCUACGUGCCGUCUUUCUUUCCGUGGUUUCCUUUUCAUGCUAGUGGUAUAUGAACAUUGUGUCUUUUAGAAAAACUUCAACCAGAUAAGUGUUUGCGGUUUUUUUCAUAUUUCCAAAUGAUUAUUCUGUUCCUAUUAGAAAACAAAAUUGCUAUAUUCUUGAUUAGGAAGGUUCAUGUUUCUGUAUCGUCCUUUUAAAUAUUUUUUUCAAGAUUUUGUUUCCGUACCUGCCAUAACUGAAGCCAAAUUUGAGACCUUGAAAAUUUUUGGUAUUACGUUUUGUCGUUUAAUUUGUAGGGCAGAUUUUUAAUGGAAACAGUCUGCAGCAGUGUCAUUAAGGCUGUUACAGAUUUGUUGUUUAAGGGUGCGUUUAACGAGAAUGUUACUUGAUUUUUAACGUGUAGCAUUAAGUGAAUUAAUAGAACCGUUUUUAAUAGGUUAUGUUAAGUGUUUAUGUAAAUUUAACAUAAUCAAAAGUCAAUUUAAACUAAGCCACGUUUAAGAGCUACAAGUUUAACAUCAAGAAAUCAAAUUUUUCGUUGAACGUUCUCUUGAUCUAUUUUAGUUAUUUUUGUAACUUUAAUAAAAAUUUAUAAUUACUCUGUGUUGUUGUUCUGUCCUGUGCUACAUAUGGCAUAUAGGACGAGUGCGUUGUAAAUUUUCGUUUGUUAUUUAAUACUUUGUUAUAAAACAUAUCUUGAAAUAUUUGUUUUUGAGGAUUGCAUUGGUAAUGAUAGAAUUUUAAGAGUACAUACUUACUUUGCCAAUCAUGAAUGCUUCCUGUCGUUGCUUUCAUUUUGUGAUGUGUUUAUAUGUUGACGUACUCUUAAGUUUCUAUACGUUAAACUAUCUAUAUUACGAUUAAGACGUAGAAGACACUUAUUUAUAUUUUUUUAUACAGUAAAGUAAGUCAAGUAUAUUUACAAGUUAAUAAAUGUAUUAUUGCGUU